AUGGCAACUCACAAAUAUAAGAAUCCCGGCAAUCAUGUUCAGCUUUCCUACACUUGCCACGAGCCUGGUUGUGGAGACUGUUUUUCCUUGUUUCCCAUUAGCCUCCCCACUGCCGUACACCCUUCGAAAUGCAUAUCUCUCGGUGAAGCAGAAGGCAAAUUUGCCUGUGGAGCUACUGAAAAAACUAUUAUUUCGUACUACUCCUCUGCUGGAGUAUAUCUGGUCGGAACACCGAUCAGGCGUGGAUUUCGCUUAUACUCCGUCCCGAGGCGGCGCCAUCUGCAGGCCGUAAAGGGGAUUACAAUUGAGUAUAGCAAUACUUACUCCACUUUGUUGGUUGCAAUCCCCUCAACAGGCAUGGCGUUAACAUUUGAGAAGAGACUGUUGAGGGAUGAGCAACACCAGGUCAACAUGCAUCAACUUAAGGAUCACUGCGCAAUUUAUGCUGGCGCCUUGGCCUUUUCCUGUCCUCAAAUAGCCGCCAAAUGGGAGAAAUUUUUUGAUGGUCAGUUGCAAGGGGAUUAA